AUGAGCGCAGCAGUACACAACUACCCUAAGGACGCGGGCCGCGCCCCGUCCAAGCGCCCACCUAUGGGCGAUCAGAAGCUCACCGACAUCAAGAACACCACCGGUGGCGCUAUCGCACCCGACAAUGCCUGCGACGAGCCGUCACCUUGGGCUCCUCACGGCUACGGCGAGAAGGCCAUUGGCAAGGACCCCGACACCGGCGAGGGAUACGACAAGGUGUAUGGUGUUCGCCCCAAGACCACCUGGCACCUGAAGCCCGCCAGCGAGCGCACCCUUUGGGAGUUCAUUGCUGGUAUGGACAUCGCACCCGAUGUCUGCUAUGCCAAGCGUGACACCAACGAGAAGCUCCGUGGUCCUCCUCCUACCCAGCCUAUCUGGAAGGAGAACGUCUUCAUCCUCUCGGCCGCCUCCAUCGCCCCCUUGCUCCACACCGCAUGGAACGCCACCUUCCCCGAGCACAACAUGCACUGGGCUCCUGCGUGGAUGAUGUACCACCUCGGCUUCAUCGUCUUUGCCGUCGCCAUGAUCAAGCGUCUCCACACCUACAUGGCCAAGUACGGUACGCUCGACGAGCAGAACCGUGGCCGUGACAUGGUCGACGACAAGCAUGUCAACCACCUCGGCCAGUCCAUCUUCAUCUACACCAUCUUCCGUACCCUCGGCCCCUUCCUGCUCGCAUGGAGGGGAGGCAUGUCCAACGCCGACCUUUGGGGCGGCCUCUCGUGGGCUACCCCCCUCAAGAUCGGUUGGUGGGAGGUUGCCCUUGACUACUGGUUCUACCUCUACCACCGCUCGUGCCACGAGUUCGACUUCCUUUGGUUCAUUCACCGUCAACAUCACGCUACCAAACACCCGACGCCGAUCCUGUCCAUCCUGGCUGAUGACUACCAGGAGGUGAUCGAGGUGUUCAUCGUCCCCUUCCUUGCGACCGCGAUUUCGCCCAAGAUGAACUUUAUCGAGCUUUGGUUGGUCAUCUGCUACACGCUCUAUGUGGAGGCUCUGGGUCACUCUGGUAUCCGAGCUUACUGGGCCCAUCCCAUCCUCAGCCCCGUUCUCGCCCCCUUCGGUAUGGAGCUCACCGUCGAGGACCACUCAAACCACCACCUGUACGGCAAGGCCGGCAUGAACUACGGCAAGCAGACCCGCGUCUGGGAUCGCAUCUUCGGAACCGUCGACCCCCGCCGUGAGACCCAGGAGGUCGGCGUCUUCGGCUCGUAA